AUGCCGGUGAUCUGCGACAUGGACACCUUCCAGCAAAUGCGCGCCGAUUGGGGCGCUGCGCGGUGCAAUUUCGCCAAACAUCUGGUCCGCACCGGCGAGCACUACGGCAUCACUUCAACAAUCUACAAGCUCAGCGUUGAAAAAUGGGAAUCCAUUAACCGCAACUGGACUACGCAGUACGAAGCCCAGCUCAACCAGCUAGGCGAUGACGCCGUUGCAUUGACCCUUACCCAGUCGAAUAUCCACCCGUGCCAAGUGCGCGUUCCGGCUCUGCACGAAGACAAAUUCCCGGACAUGGGCGACGAGGAUAUCGUCGGCCCGAUGACUGUUGCGGGAUGUCGAGCGAAAUCCGAGAAAAAGAGGAAUUUCUUCCGCUUUUUCCAGGAUUUGGUUUCUAGACCUUGA